AUGGAGGCGGGCGAGCGGCGGAGGCAGCUGCGGCGGGAGGCGGCUGAGUAUUACCGAGCGCUCCGGGUGCCGGAGCGGAUGGAGGAGGCGCUGAACGAGCUGUUCCUGCAGCGCCCCGAGGAUCUCUACGGGGAGCUGGCUAACUACUUUUCUAAAUUUUCAAAAGCUCCACUAAUAUGCAAAUUAGUUGGAAGAAAACUUUUGGAUGGAGUUGGUCAGCCAACACUAGGAGUGGAAAUAUACUGUACAGUUAAAAACUAUGAGAAGAGGAUUUGUUCCACUGUAAUGGCUACUCAUUCUCAAAUACCUGAAAAUGCUUUGACUGAAACAAUUGAAGCUGAUGAGAAAGAAAGAAAUGACUCUGUUCAUACUGCUGUGAAAUGGGUCAAUGAAUCACUGAACACAAUGUUAAGGCACUUGGACCCUACUGACCAGUGUCAAGCUGAUAAGAUGCUUGGUGAAUACUUUGCAAACAAGGUAGAAGAAAAAAAGGAAAUUGAAAGGCAAGAAAAAGAAAAAGAGGAAGAAGAAGCAGCAAAAGCCACUCCUGCCUCUUCUUUGUACCGUCCGGCCUCAACACCUAAGCAAAAAAAGGGAGUAAAACCAGCAAAGAAGGUGUCAGCAGAAGUGACACCCAUCCCACCUGCAGAACCUGCUGAACCAGUGCUGUGUGGCAGCUUGGCCAUUGGGGCAACAUCACUUGCCAUAGCAAAGGCUGGGGCCACCAUUAGCCGUGUCCCAUUGUACCUACAUACUGCACUGCUGAAACAUCAUCAGGAGUCACCUAAAGAAAUGUCUCUGCCACUUCCAAUGGUUACUUUGUUGAACUGUGAAAAAAAUUCACCUACAAAACUGAAAUUAGUCAAAGAAGUUCUGGUUAUACCACCAGUUGAGUUAUCACUCAAACAGGGGCUAAAAAGAGUUCUGGAUAUUCAGAAAGAAAUAACAAGACUGUUGGAGUCUUCAGGCAAAAAGCCUGGUUCACGAGCAGACAGUAAGAAAGGAAAAGCACAAAAAGCUCUGGUACCAACCUUAAAAAUAUCACACCUAGGAUGCCUGACACUAGGAUAUGAUAGUCUAGAACAACUGCUACUCCAAAUGCAAACAGCUUGCAACAAUAUAGGUCUGGAGCUAGGAACAGACAUGUACUUAGCAAUAAAUUGUGCUGCUCACGAAUUAAUGGAUUAUGAAAGAGGAAAAUAUGAAAUAGUCACUGGAACAUUCAAAAGUCCUGAUGAAAUGGUUGCCAUGUAUGUGGAAAUGAUUGAUAAUUUUCCUUUUAUUAUUGCAUUAAUAGAUCCCUUAAGAAAAGAGGACAGAGAGCAGUGGAGCAGCAUCUGUUGUGCCCUUGGUUCCAAAUGCUACCUGAUUGCUGAGGAUGCUGCCACACAAAUUUCCAAACUCAAAACCGACCAAAACAUAAACAUAGCAAGGUGCAGUGGUGUUGUCCUAAAAUACAUUAACCAAACCAAGGUGUCAGACCUCGUAGAAAUUACUGGAAUUCUGGAUGGUCAAAGACAUAUUACCAUAUUAGGAAGUCCAGAUGGAGAAUCUUCAGAUGAGAGCCUCGUGGAUCUGGCUGUGGGCCUGGGUGCCAGGUUCCUCAAGUUGGGAGGUCUGUCCCGCGGAGAAAGGGUGGCCAAAUACAACCGGCUGCUGGCUAUAGAGGAGGAACUGGCCGCGAAUGGAGCGCUGCGUGAAGCAAAACUUGAAUUUGUUGUUUUUGCUGAAGAAUCACAGCCAGAACAACUUCCUGAUGUGCCUCCUGUCCCAGAGCAGGAUUAGUUCCCUCCACAGCUCUCAGCCAGCCCUGCAGAUUCACAGCCUGCCUGCUCAGCUCCCACAGAACACCACAAUAACUUAGGCUAUCAACAUUAACUUUGGGAUAAAUUUCUAAGAAAAAACAUUUUACUAAGGAACUCAUAUAUUAACUAUUCCUAAAUCCAUUUAUUUUCGACCAGUUCAGCCAGAUACCUCUAAGAGAUUUUAAAUACUGGCUUCUCUUUUCCCAGGGACUGCUGUCUUCAGCUGAAACCAAAUUAACUGAGCAGUGACUGUAGUCUGAAAACACCACAGAAUUCUGUGUUGCAUUUCCAAAUUGACAAAACAAAUACUGCUGUGUUAAGUCCAAAACGGAAUGUUUGUUUUGAGAAAAUCAGAAUCUCCCUCCAUACAAAGCUGUUGACAAACAGUAAAAAAACCCAAACACAAACAGAACACCACAUUUUAUAAAAAAAAAAGGCCUUGACUGUUCUGCUGCUCCAUCCCCCACACCCCCUCAAUGCUGCUCUGAGAUCCAGCCUGCAGAGGAGAUUUUGCUCCAGUUGUAGCCCUCAAGUGCAUCAGUGCAAACCCCAAAUGUUGGGCACAGAGCUGGCAUCCCUAGGAAGCCUGCUCCAGUUGGCAGCAGUGAGUAACAAGUCAAUUCCACAAGGUCUGGGAAACUUGUCAGGAGUCUUUUUAAUAAGCAACAAUGAAAAGUUAAAGAAAUAAUUUAUGUUUUAGGUAACAAAACUGUUUA